AUUGAAGCCCAUUUCAAUGCAAUCAUAUGUGAAAUCAAAACUCAACUUGGAUUCAAUACUCCGAGUAAUAUUCAAUCUUCGAACUGUACUAGUAAUCCAGACGGUUCUGGUUGUGCUGGUGGCCAAACAGCGUCUUCUGCUGGUUCCCCCGGUUCUCAGCCCACUAGUGGAACACAGAACGCCUGUCUACGUGACGCUUGUUGUCUGGCUAUCGCCAGUCUUACCACUCACCCCUCCGCGGACAAGCGCCUCGCCGGUCAUCUACCAGCAUUACUUUCCGGUUUGCUCGGACUGUGUGAUGAAUACGGAUCGGUAUCUCAACCGCCUGCGGUCUCCCAUGAACAUCCACAGUCUACGUUGUCAGCUGGUAUCACCUCACCCCCGGAAGAGGCUGCAAUCGCAGUGCAAAAGUUGUUACACUUUGAAGUCCGUUCAACCUUCAAGUCUGUUUAUCACAACUUCUUUCCGUUAACAAAAACCUCGCAGCUUGUAAUUCGUGUUUUGGAGAACCCCUGUUCCCGGGAAGCAGCCGCCGGAUUGCUCCCCGGUCUUCUUCCAGUCAUCAUCGAUCGUGCUCCGUGGACCUUGGGUUCGAUGAAUCCCGAGAUGGAUCCGACAAAAAGCAAUCGAGUCACACAGCCCAGUGAGUCAAGGCGUCUUGCACUGGAACUUCUCCUGGCCGCUGCUCGUACCGCACGUCCAUCCGCAUUGCGACCGGCUUUGCCACAACUUGUACUGGCCGGACUGCACACAAUGUCGUCCGUGCAUCCGUCCAUUGUGGCUAGUCUGAUGAGACAGCCAGUGCAUCAUUUACAUCAGUUACAUCAUCAUCAUCAUCACCAGCAACAGCAACAGCAGCAACAACUCCCAUCAUCAUUGAGUUCAGUUGCCCUGGCAGGACAAUCAACUGGGUCUGGCCUGGCUGUGAGCGCGGGUACCGGUGCCGCGGGAAUGCCACUGCAACAAACACAACAACCACUUGUUCCUCUCCCAGGUUGUGUAGGCAACAAUAAGGAGGUGCAAAUGGCCGAAGUGUUACGCUUGGGAUCAAUCAGCACAACAUUUCAGAUCAUGAAGGGUACUGCCAUUAUUGCUAUUCCAUCAGGUGGCUAA